AGCUGCCUUCGCGAUAAGAUUGCCUUUAUCCACGGCGAGACAACUCUCUACACCAGUUUUUAUCCAUCCUCGCGAGAAUACUCAAUGUAUUCACAGUUCAACACUCGAGGUGUUCGUAUUGGGGUGCUGUUGUUUAGAAGAAGAAAAAAAUGCGGUGUGCCCAGAAACCCAAAAAGACCUUCCUCCUGCAACCCGUGGAGCGGUCUAAAUUGUACAAAAGGCGCACGUUAUCAGGAGAUAGAUUACUUAAGAGUGACGUGUUAUCAGCGGCGGAAAGAGCAACAGAGCUAGUUCAAUCGGAGUUGUAUGUGAAAAAUUUGGUGUGCCAUAGAAAUCCACGAGGAAUUGAGCUAAGUCCUAAAAAUCCACCAGAUAAAAUCAUGGAAUCCUCACAGAACGAUUCAAAGGGAUACGGUGUGAUGGUCCUCUCUAGCAUCCCCAUGGAUAUGUCCCUUGGAACAAUGUUUUGUUCCCGUUGCGAAGAAGGAUUUGAACCUCAUGAGAAGAUCGUCAAUUCCAACGGAGAACUAUGGCACACACAGUGUUUUGUGUGCGCCCAGUGCUUCAGGACAUUUCAGGAUGGUAUUUUCUACGAAUUUGAGGGUAGGAAGUACUGCGAACGUGAUUUCCACGUACUCUUCGCACCAUGCUGCAACAAGUGCGGGGAAUUCGUCAUUGGACGCGUAAUUAAGGCAAUGGCAGCUAACUGGCAUCCCCAGUGCUUCCGGUGUGAGAUGUGUGCCAAAGAGUUGGCUGAUUGUGGUUUCAUCCGCAACCAGAAUCGGGCUCUCUGUCAUGAGUGCAAUGCUAAGGUGAAGGCAGUGGGUCUUGGGAAGUACAUGUGCAACAAGUGCCAUGGUAUGAUCGAUGAUCAACCGUUGCGUUUCCGCGGAGAAGUCUACCAUGGAUACCACUUCAAUUGCACCGCGUGCGGAGUUGAGCUGGACUCAACAGCUCGAGAGGUAAAGAGUCGUCCUGGAUUUGCAGCCAACGACAUGAAUGAACUCUACUGCUUGCGCUGCCACGACAAGAUGGGUAUCCCAAUUUGUGGAGCCUGUCGUCGUCCCAUUGAGGAACGCGUGGUGACUGCACUUGGGAAACAUUGGCAUGUGGAGCACUUUGUAUGUGCUAAAUGCGAGAAACCCUUCCUGGGACAUCGUCACUACGAGAAACGCGGCUUAGCGUACUGCGAGAUGCACUACCAUCAGCUAUUUGGGAAUCUCUGCUUUGUGUGCAAUCAAGUAAUUGCUGGGGAUGUCUUUACAGCCCUCAACAAAGCCUGGUGUGUUCACCACUUUUCAUGCUCCAUUUGCGAUGUGAAAAUGAACCAAAAGUCCAAGUUCUACGAGUACGAUGAGAAACCUGUGUGCAAGAAAUGCUACGAAAAGUUCCCCAAUGAACUGAGACGUCGUCUAAGGAUUUCUCAUGAAAAUACCAUGAAGAAGAGUGACUAAUUCAGGCAAUUACGUGGCUAAAAUACAAAGUGUCCUUGUUACGCACGCCUUAUACUGAACUAAAUACAAAAAUCUCCAUAUUUGGGGAUUUUUUUUAACCAAUAGUCUCAAACAGUAGACACAAAAUGGUAUAUAACGAAAAGCCAAAAUUUGAUUAUUAUCCGCUUUUGUGCCACAGUAAAAUAUAAAAAUUUUCAUAUUUUUUAACAAAGAUAUUUUUUCUAAUUCUUUUUUUUAACAACCCCCGUUUUUAUCAAUUUAUUUAAUUGUAGAGUAAAAUCGGUAGCUGUAGAUUUAAUUCAUGAGCUAUAUUUUAAUACUGUUCAUUUUGAACGUUCUAAUGAAAAUUAUAUAUUAAAUGUAACAAAAUGUAAUAAUUUAAAAUAAAAUAAAAGAAAUAAUAAAAUAAAUA